UUUUAGGGCACAAGCGUUGAAAAUCCGUAUUACUUGCAUUUUUCUGACGUUCAAAUUUCAUUUUGUCUCUGACGCUUUGCCUCGCCUUUGCAUAAACCCCCUUUUCCCGCAUUCUUUCGUUGUUUUUUAUAUCUUUAAUUUUGUCUCAUUUCUAAUUUAUUUACUUUUAACCCCCAACUACAACAAACAAAACAAACAGCAACAGCAGCAGAACAAUGACGACAGUAGCGGGAAAUGUCUGGGAGCUGAGCAUUCGGGAACUUAUCAACCGGCGUAUAGUGACAUUCCGGCAUCUGCGCAAUUCAAUGGCACUACAGCUUGAAAUUAGUCUGGAUGGGAACACAGCCAAUGGGUUUGGGGCUGCGACAUGGGGCUCUCGGGGGACUAAGCGACGGGCAUACUUCAACACUCUGUUGUUUGACCCUGAGGACCUGCGUGGAAUGUUUAACAGCAUUAGGCUGCGCAAGCGGACGCGCGCAUACUUUAUGCUGGGCGCCAGUCUCGGCCCCAUUUUGGCGAUUUCAAACCCCUCGGACUACAUCAAGGCCUGGGAUUCUGAUCAACGAUCUGGUAACAAGACGAAGAAGAGGCAUUUUUUCCCAUGGGUCCGGGCUCAGGCCGGAUACGAGCUGGGGAACUUUUCGUAUCUCGACACGCACACACCGCCGUUCGAUUUGGACUUUCUGCAGGUUUUCGACACGUUUUGCCAGAUUACCGUUAUUAUCAUCGCUAAGAUUGAUAGUCGGUUCAAAAAGAUGAUUGGCGUGGUGACCAAGGAGCUGGACGACCUGGUGAAGAAUGCGGUUACGAAGGAGUUGCGGCUUAUUGAUCCGCUGGAUAUGGCGUCACCGGAAAAUGAAAUCAAUACUGAUUGGGAGACCAGCAGCGUUUACAAGUAACUACACGGCACUGUAUUUCAAUUUCUUCUUUUUGUCAUCUUUUUUCUUUUCAUUCCAGCAUACGCAUCUUCUAUUUAUAUUCAUCGUUAAUAAUUUU